UCCGCUUCCGGAAAUAAGGCCUUGCGGAGCCCCGUUCACGUGAUGUGGAGGCAGAGAGGAGGAGCAAGGCUUGGUGGCGGGAGGGUGGAGGGAAUAAGAGAGGUCAGCGCGGACGUCAGAGUGGGGAACGGAAGGUCAGGGUUCCUUGUAGCGGAAGUGAGACGGGGGAGUCUGUCCGCCAUUGUGGACCCAAGGAGCGGAGUGCGAGAGAAGAGGAACGAGCAAGCAGAAAGCAGGGGCUCCCCUCCUCCGUCUCCCCAGUGCAAGCCUCCUUUCUUCCUGGCCUCGCAGCCAGCGGCGGCGAUAGGGACAAUCACUUGGCGGAGGGCGGCGGUCGACGGCUGGGAGUGCACGGGAGAGGCCCAGGCGGCGGCGGCGGCAUCAGCAGCAGCAGCUCUAGGGUUGCGGUGAAGAAUGUCAGCCACUAGCGUGGAUCAGAGACCUAAAGGGCAAGGAAAUAAAGUUUCAGUACAAAAUGGUUCGAUUCAUCAGAAAGAUGCUGUGAAUGAUGAUGAUUUUGAGCCAUACCUAAGUAGCCAGACAAAUCAGAGUAACAGCUAUCCACCAAUGUCAGAUCCAUACAUGCCUAGUUACUAUGCUCCAUCCAUUGGAUUUCCGUAUUCUCUUGGUGAAGCAGCAUGGUCCACAGCUGGAGACCCACCUAUGCCAUAUUUGACAACCUAUGGACAAAUGAGCAAUGGUGAACAUCAUUAUAUACCUGAUGGUGUGUUUAGUCAACCUGGGGCUUUAGGAAAUACUCCCCCAUUCCUUGGUCAGCAUGGAUUUAACUUUUUUCCUGGGAAUGCAGAUUUCUCUACCUGGGGGACAAGUGGAUCUCAGGGACAAUCAACACAAAGUUCUGCUUAUAGUAGCAGCUAUGGUUAUCCACCUAGCUCUCUUGGGAGAGCCAUUACUGAUGGACAGGCUGGAUUUGGCAAUGAUACUUUAAGUAAGGUGCCUGGCAUUAAUAGUAUUGAGCAAGGCAUGACUGGACUGAAAAUUGGUGGUGAUAUGACAGCUGCUGUGACAAAAACUGUAGGUUCCGCUUUGAGCAGCACAGGUAUGACAAGCAUUGCAGCAAAUAGCGUACCCCCAGUUAGCAGUUCAGCACCAAAACCAACCUCUUGGGCUGCCAUUGCCAGAAAGCCUGCCAAACCUCAACCGAAACUUAAACCUAAGGGCAAUGUGGGAAUUGGGGGACCUGCUGUACCACCACCUCCUAUAAAACAUAACAUGAAUAUUGGAACUUGGGAUGACAAAGGGUCAGUGGUAAAAGCUCCACCCACCCAACCAGUUCUGCCUCCUCAGACUAUAAUCCAGCAGCCUCAGCCAUUAAUUCAACCACCACCAUUGGUGCAAAGCCAACUGCCUCAACAGCAGCCUCAGCCACCACAACCACAGCAGCAACAAGGACCUCAGCCACAGGCCCAGCCUCACCAAGUGCAGCAGCAGCAACCGCAGCAGCUGCAAAAUCGUUGGGUAGCUCCUCGUAAUAGAGGAGUAGGUUUCAACCAGAACAAUGGAGCAGGCAGUGAAAACUUUGGUUUAGGUGUUGUUCCUGUCAGCUCUUCACCAUCUGGAGUAGAGGUACACCCAGUACUGGAAAAACUAAAGGCCAUAAAUAACUAUAAUCCCAAAGACUUUGAUUGGAACCUGAAGAAUGGGCGUGUGUUUAUAAUCAAAAGCUAUUCUGAGGACGAUAUCCAUCGUUCCAUUAAGUAUUCUAUCUGGUGUAGUACUGAACAUGGUAAUAAGCGUUUGGAUGCAGCUUACCGUUCUCUGAAUGGUAAAGGCCCACUCUAUUUACUCUUCAGUGUGAAUGGGAGCGGACACUUUUGUGGAGUGGCUGAGAUGAAGUCUGUUGUGGACUACAAUGCAUAUGCUGGAGUCUGGUCUCAGGAUAAGUGGAAGGGCAAGUUUGAUGUUAAAUGGAUCUUUGUCAAAGAUGUUCCCAAUAACCAGUUGCGGCACAUUCGUUUGGAAAAUAAUGACAACAAACCAGUUACCAAUUCAAGGGACACUCAAGAAGUACCCCUAGAAAAAGCUAAGCAAGUGCUUAAAAUAAUUGCUACUUUCAAGCAUACCACCUCAAUCUUUGAUGACUUUGCACAUUAUGAAAAGCGUCAAGAGGAGGAGGAAGCCAUGCGUAGGGAGAGAAAUAGAAACAAACAGUAACUGUGGAGAUGCCCUGCUAGAAUUACAACACUAAUGAUGUAGACUCUGGAAAUGCCUCCUUUGUCUAAGAAGACGUUAUUAAAGCUUUUUUUUCUGCUUAAGGUGACAUCUUUGAACACUUUAACACAAAAUUGACUCUUCUUGUAUUGGUUCUCAUCAGCGCAUCUGCCCUUAUACUCUCUCACCAAACACACUUGAGAACUGUUAACUUUGUCAAGCACUUUCUGUCCUGAAGCUUUUACCAGUAUCUGCUGUCUUUUGUAAUUAUGCAUCCUAGCUAAGGCACAGGAGACUGAAUGAAUGCAAGGAUUCAUUAACUCUUUGAAUUUGUUAAAUACUAACAACCAUUAGAAGUGGUUCAAUGAUGUAAGAUUCACACUGCUUCAACUUUUUCUUUGUCGUAGUUUUUUAAUUGUCAAUUUUUAGCUAUUUGACAGAUUAAAAGCAAAAUCAUGCCAUAUUUAGUCCUGGAGUAAAACUCAAGUCUAAAUGUUCAUGUGAAAAUUAUUGUAGUAAACUUUCAAUAUGGCAACGCAACUUUAAGCUAUAUUUUAGCCAAACAAAAUAUAAUCUAAAAUUAUAUUAGAAUAUUUCCCUUGUCUCAAAUUGUUUGGUGUAACAGAAUAUUGAUAUGCAGCUUGGUGGAUGUCACCAAUCAAUGCACAUUCUUCUUCUUCCCUUCUCCCCCCCAACUUAAAACAUGUAUACUGAAAAAUGUGCAUUUGUCUGAGGAAUUAUUUUGUUUGCUACCACUUGAUGAAUCUCAAAGUUUUGAGUAAAUGUACCUCAGUCUAAUCAGACUUUUUAUGACCUUUCUAACUACAUUUAAAAUAAUCCUUAAUUCUUAUUUCUGGGUCUUUGCGAGCCUGACAGAUUGCUAUCAUGAAGUAAAAAAUUUACUCCUAGAUGAUUCACUAGCUAAAUAAACAUAGUUCUUGUUUAGCAAGCAUAUACCGUUUCUCACCUUUUUUCCUCCAGCUUUUGCAAUGUCCUAGCAUCCUCGAAAUACUUUGAAAUAUGGCCUUGAUCCAUGAAUUAAAUCAGUAUAUAAGUGAAUGUGUUGAUGUUUUAUUGAUCAGAGCUAUAUAAGUGGGGAAUAUAGCAUAUCUGGGUAUUCUUGUAGUUAUCUUUUUUUAACAUCUUAUCUUUUCUAUAAUUUUAGCUACGUAUCAGCAUUAAUUUUAUAUCUUGGAAGAAAUUGAUUUAAACAAUUUAAAACAUCGAGCAUUUAUUAAUUAAUUUGACUGCAUAACAUGAUGAUAAUGAACAUAUACUGGCACCAGAGAUUAUUGUCCUAAAAGAAGAAAGCUGUGUAAAAAGAAAAUAUGUUAAGGCUGACAAUAGCAAUACAGUAGAUCUGAAUACCUUGAUGUUUCUCAUUACUCCACAUAUGUUUACAUCAUGUUUGGAAAUGUUUUUAUUUGCUGUGAUCUAAAGUGAUCACUUCAAUUCUGAACCUUAAUGAUAAAUAUAGCAUUGGUUUCUCUUAGGCUUUCAUUUAAAUAUUUUUAUGUUGCACAAUUCUCCUUUUGCAAAUACUGUAUCCAAGUGAAAUGAUACAGUACUUGCAAGUAACUAGUUAUUUCAUAGCUACUUAGUAGUCAGUCUAGUUAUUUCAGUGUGUUGAGAACAUUCAAAUCUCAGUAGCAUAUAACAAAAAAAAACACUUUUCUUAAAGGGAAAUUGCACCUAUUUUACCCAUUUUAAGUGUUUAAAAAAAGUAAGCCAUGAAACCUUUUCUAAUGUGUCUACUAUAGUUGUUUAUAAUUGCAAUUGGCAUUUGGGCAUAGGUACCAAACUUUUUUUUUUUUAAGCAGUAAUACUAUAGGGCAUACCAUAUCAUCAGGAUGUUGAUGCUAUUCUGUAUGGUCUGAGGAACUGAUCUUUCAGAGCUUCAGAGACAGCCUGAGCCCUUCUCUAGCCCCAGAGGGCCUCUUUUUGGCACUUUAAUACAAAUUUUUUUCAAAAUACAUCUAGUUCAAAUUUGUUUAAUUUACAUCGACUUCUAUGGGACAAAUCAGCAUGGGAGCACUUUUCAGCAAGCCAGCUGAUUGCAAUAGCAGACUCAAAUGUCAUAUGUAAUUAAAUAGUUUGAAAUAAGAUUUAUUCACAGUGAGAAAUACAUUGCAGUGCCUUCAACCUGGAUUGCUAAUGUUAAGUGAAAUAGGUGCAAUAGUCCUUUGGAAUAAGAAUUUUCUAUUUUAUAAUGUAGGGUUUUCUCCCAAUUGGUAAUUGUUUUUCUCCAUUAAAUUUUCUUCUAAGCACCGGUCUUCUCUUCCUUCUUGGUCUAUCAACAUAGUACUUAUAAGAUUUAUUUUCCUUCAGUGAAACUAAUGGAUUGUCUCAGCAGCACAACUGAAUGUUCUUUAAUUGUAGGACCAAAUGGGAGAGAACCUGGGUACUGAGAUCGGAGUGCACUUACCAAAUAUUUGAAGUAAUAGAGCAUACAGAAAAAUUAUUGGCCCAGUAAAUUUCUUGUUUAAUGUUUUGCCUAGUUCUGGUUUGAAUGUUUCUUAUUAAAAUUACCUUCUGUGGGUAUUUUUUUUUUGGAAGGUGUUCUAGUUUGUAUAUUUAAAAGUAAAGAAAUAACUAACCAAAAUUAGUAUUCUUUCUCUAUACAUACUGGUACUUGCAGAUUCUUUCCAAAAGAAGCCCCAGCCCUUUUUUUUUUUUUUAGUUUUGGUAUUUGUUUCCACAUUUUUUUUUUAACUUAUGGUCAUUCUAAUUCCAGAACUAUGUUCUUUUUGAAUACCAUGCAUGGGGGUGGGGCUGAUGUUAAACGGUUUGCAAUAAAAAGAAUCAGCUUAAAUAAUUUAAUACUUUCAAAUGAAUUUUGCAUCCUUUAAAAUAAGUUUAAGAAAUUUAAGAGAUUUGUGUUUUCAUUAAGUUUUGCAUAUCUUUUGUUAUGCCAUGUAAAUUCCCUUCUCUUUCUUAUUAUUAAAGAAAAGGUUAUGAUAAAAUGAUUAGUUCAUUUACAUUCUCUUGUAGAAAAACAUGGGACUUUGAAUUUUGUCGUGUUUGAGUUUGUUCAUUCAUGUGAAUGAUGGUACAGUUGGGUGAGGAUUUCUGUUAUGGUACCAAAACUCACCAUUUGGUCCUCUUUAAUCUUUGAGGGUUUCAAUAAAAACUGUUCACUUACAUCUGCCUUUUUCUUCCCUAUAUUCUCUUCUGUUAAUAUAUAAGAUACUGCCCAAUGAAUAAAUUUUGCAACAUUUUUUGCUUAUGGAA